AUGGGUGAAGUUAUUGAUCCCUCACAAGACCUUAGUUCCCCUUACCAUGUCAGUUCAUCUGAUAAUCCCUCCUUUCUCAUUGUCCCGAAUGUUAUUGAGGGGCCAAACUAUCAUCAUUGGUCACGUUCAUUUCGAAUGAGUCUCAUUUCAAAGAACAAGAUAAGUUUCAUUGAUGGAACCAUAGAAGCUCCCACUCGUACCAGCUCAUUGUUUCCAGCAUGGCAGAGAGCCAAUAUGCUGGUUGUUUCCUGGAUGCUCAAGGCUGUUUCUCCAUCCAUUGCACAGAGCAUUAUCUGUAUGGACAACGCCUUCGACAUAUGGAAUGAUUUAAAGGACAGGUUCUCACAAGGAGACAUGAUUCGCAUUUCUGAUCUUCAAGAGAUGAUUUCUUCUUUCAAACAAGGUGAGUUGAGUGUUACAAACUAUUUCACUGAGCUCAAAAUUCUUUGGGAUGAGCUUGAUCUUUUGUGCCCAUUACCUGCUUGUUCUUGUGCUUUUAAAUGCACCUGUAGUGCUAUUGGGAAUGUUGCUAAAUAUAAAGGACAAGACCAGGUUAUUAAAUUUCUAAGGGGGCUAAAUGAUAACUAUUUGACUGUUAGAACUCAAAUUCUAUUGAUGGAUCCCUUGCCAUCUUUGAAUAGAGUUUUCCCUCUUGUUAUACAACAAGAGAGACAAAUUUUUGGUGAUCAGUCCAAGGCAAUGGCUGUUACUGGUAGAGGGGGCUAUAAAAUCAACACUGCAAGUUAUGGAAGAGGAAGCUAUGGAAAAGGAAAUGCUUCUAAAAUCUGUAGUCAUUGUGGAAAGACAGGACAUACCAUUGAUACAUGUUAUAGAAAGCAUGGCUUCCCACCUCAUUUCAAGUUUAAAAAUCAGAACCAUGAUCAAAGUCAUGCUAAUGCAGUAUUUCAAAAUGCAAGUUCUAAUGUUGAUGGUGAGCAGAAUCAUGAAGGUUCAAAGGCAGAAUUACAGCCUCAACAAAUUAAUUUUACUCCUGAGUAG